AUGCCAUAUUGUAUGGUUCCGGGUUCUACGAACUGCUCGAAGAAGACGAAAGGGAGCGAGGUAUCGUACCAUCGUUUGCCAAAUGAGUUGCGCAAAAUAUGGCUCAGGCGGAUUCGACGCGACAACCUACCGAAAGCAAACUCAUGCUAUGUUUGUAGCGCGCAUUUCGCCCCUGAAUGUUUCGAAAGCUCUCUUAAAGAGUUAUUUGGCAUGAAAACAAAAAAAGCACUGAAAGCUGGAAGUGUACCAUCGAUAUUUCCAUUUGUACAUCGAAAACCAGGACGGGAAUCAUCACAAAAAAGGGAAAUAAACAGAGAGAAAAUUAGAAGAGUCGAGGAAGUAGCAACCUUGUUAAACACUGAAGAAAAUGAUGAGUUCACUGACACAAGCACUGAACAUGACACUGGUGGAUUUUCAACUCGAGAUGCAGAAACAUAUUGUGAUCAUAUUAUAUUGCUUGAUGCAGAAACUCAGUGUGAGAAGCCAUUACAGAGGUCCAUUCAGGUACAAACUCUUGCCAUACGGAAGAAGAAAUCCACACCCAUGACACCUGCCCAGGCAAAAAACAACAGUGGCAUUGUCACUCCACCUACAACACCUAUUACCAUUCUUGAAGCAACCGCUUCUACUGAAUCAGAACAAGAUGCGGAAUACAGUUCAAGCAGCACAGAUGAGUUUUCAGAUAGUGAUGAUGACUAUGUCUGUCCAAAACUGAACACCAGUGAUGACUCUGAAGCUGAAGACCAAAAAAAUGAAAGAAAAUUUAUUGUGUUUGAGAGCAUGCUAGAUCAAUUGUUUAUUUCAUGUAGAACAUGUGGCUCCUUAUGUGAGAUUGAAAAAUCUAAUAAAGGUGCAUGGUGA